UGGAGGGGCGGAGUCAUCAGGGACAAGUGAAAGUGAAAUUGAAGCAGGAUUGUUCUCCUUUCGAUCUUUACGAACUCUCUUAUCAACAUUUUGUUAAUAUCAUAUAAUCUAUAAAAUAUCGAUAAUUUAUUCAGACACUCUUGUGAACACAGCAAUGUUCAGUUAAAGAAAGUGAUUGUAAAUGAGUAUCUCACUUUUGGACAGAAACUUAAUUCAUCUGUGUCUCCUCAAAGAUGAAGUUCAUUUGUUUGACUCUCCUGCUUGUUAGUGGAAUUACAGAUUCAAGAUCAGAGCAGUAUGAAGUAGUGGGACCUGCAGAUCCUGUUCUUGCUGUAGCUGGUGAAGAUGUGAUUCUGCCCUGUUCAGUCAAACCCAACAUCAGUGUUGUGGACAUGAGAGUGGAGUGGUUUAGACUCGAUCUGGAAGACUCAGUGCAUCUCUAUGAGGAUCAUGAAGACAGAAACACAGAUCAGAUUCAGUCCUACAGAGGGAGAACAAAACUAUAUUAUCAAGAACUACAGAGAGGAAACGCAUCACUCAAACUCUCAACAGUCCGAGUCUCUGAUGAAGGACGUUAUAAGUGUUUUAUUCAGACCAAAUCCUGGUCUGAUGAUGCCACUGUUGAUGUCAGAGUUGAAGCUGUAGGAAGUCCUCCAGUGAUCACUGUAGAUGGGUUUGAUCGUUCAGGAGGGCUUCAUCUACAGUGUGAAUCUGAAGGUUGGAACCCUGAACCUGAUCUUGAGUGGCUGGACAGUGAAGGAGUCAGUUUGAGUUCAGGAACUACAGAGACACACAGAAACACAGACAGAUUCGGUGUGAAGAACACCGUCAUUGUAUAUCACAGUGGCAAGAUUCACUGCAGAGUCAAAGUGAAGCAUCACAUGCUGGAGACACUGAUCGACACCUCAAAUAAUAGGUUUAUUUCUUGGAGGACAUCAGUCAUCAUGAGUUCAGUUUUUCUUGCGCUCAGUGUGAUUGCUGGAUUACUGAUCGCUGCGUUUGCUCAUAAAUACAGAGAACAAACUCAACUGCGGAAUGAGAAGAGCAGAAUACAAGAUGAACGUGAUCAACUUUUACGAAGUCUGAAGACGAUUAUAACACAAGCUCUCACACAUUUAAGAAGAUACAGAGUGAAGGUGAUUCUGGAUGCUGAUUCAGCUCAUCCUCGACUCGUCGUGUCUCACGGUGGAAAACAAGUGAGAGAUGGAAAGAGACGGAAAGAAGAAGAUGGGAAAGACAGGUUUGAUAAAAAUCUCGGUGUUCUUGGGAAGGACGGAUUCUCCUCAGGGAGUUUUUUCUUUGAGGUUCAGGUGAAGAAUCAGACUGUGUGGUAUUUAGGAGUGGCCAGAGAAUCCAGUAACAGGAAGAAUGUGUUCAGUCUGAGUCCUGAUGAUGGAUACUGGACUGUGAGUCUGAGAUAUGGGAAGUAUCGGGCUCGUGAUUCUGACUCUCUUUCUCUGACAGUGAAUCCUCAGAGGGUCGGGGUGUUUGUGGAUUAUGAGAAGCGUCUCGUCUCUUUUUAUGAUGUGAAGUCCAUGUCUCAUAUCUACACUUACACUGAUCAGUAUUUCACUGGGAAACUCUAUCCAUUUGUUAGUUUGGGGUAUUGGAGAAAUGAAAACUCCACACCACUGAUCAUCUGUGAUGAAUGAGAUCAGUGAAUGAAUUUACAUGAUCAGGUGAAAUAAAAGGAAACACAAUAAAAAGUGUAACAGCAAUAAAUAUUAAAUAUUAUUUACACUGUCAGUCAGAAAUGUGAACACAAAAGAGUGUCACGUGUUCACCAUCACUCAGUGUUCACAGUCACAUGAUCACUGAUCAUCAGCGCCUCUUCAUCUCCUCUAUAAGAUCACACACCUCACAGUCACAUGAUCACCGAUCAUCAGCGCCUCUUCAUCUCCUCUAUAAGAUCACACUCCUCACAGUCACAUGAUCACCGAUCAUCAGCGCCUCUUCAUCUCCUCUAUAAGAUCACACUCCUCACAGUCACUCUUCCUCUGGCUCGACUGUGGAUUCAGACUGUUACCUGUGAUGAAACUCACCUGAAUGAUUGUCACCUGUGAUUACCUGUGAUACUCAAUGAUGUUCCUGUGACACUCCAGAGAUCUUCUUGUGAUUUUUUCCAAUUUUCUUGCGUUCUCCAACUUGCUUGAGUCUGGUUUGUCCUGACAGGGUCAUUUUAUGUUUCCUGUGAUCUUAAAAACAUUUUGAUUUAAAGACUUCUGCUUAAAUGACUGAAAUAACUUUUGUGAAUAAAUAUAAAUUAUGUUUAAAUAUUCAUGUGAAUUUCUUAACAAGAUAAAGGCUUUACUUGAUCAUGAAUAAUGUUUAGAUCUGGAGCAGAUGAUGAAUGAAGAGCAUCAUGAAGUGAUCGUACAGUAACUGUUCCUCCUUCAACAAACUCAAAUAUAAGACAUUUUCAUUUGUGUAACAUGUUUUGCUCACUGCAUCAUUCCCACAAUGCCAUUUGUGUUAUUUCAUAGUUUUCAUGACUUUACUAAUAUGUGGAUAUAAAGAAUCAGUUUGUGUCCAAACUUUGAUGAGAUUCUGGAAACAGAUGAAUAUGAGUUUAAGUUUAUUCAUGCAGUAAUAUAUUCAUAAGUGUUCAUUUACAUAUAUUCUUUAUUUUCAUUUUUUAUUAUUAAUUUAAUAUUAUUUGAUUUUGUCUUAAGGAAAUAGUUCACCAAAAAGAAAAUUUCUUUCCAACCCUGUUUGUAUUUUUCUAUGAAUCAAAAUGUUGAUGUUUUCAGUCUUUGUGUUUCUCACAGUUGAUUUUUACUGUCAAACUCUCAUCAGGACUAAAUGAGUAUCUUUGUGUUCUGAGACGAUUAUAUACAAGGAAACAUUUACAGCCCUGAGGAAUGCUGGAUAACAGGUUUGAAUGAAAGAUUUAGCCUGUUCCAGUGAGAUCUGAGUGCUUUAAUGAACAACAAUUAAAAUCUACUGACAUCCUUCAAAUGUAUUAUAAAUAAUCACAUCACAUCCUCCACAGAAGAACCAGUCAAAGCCUGAAGACACUCGUCCACAAAGACAAUGAUAAAACUUUACUUGUAAAUAAAUAUGAAGAAACCCG